GGCGCAAAGGAGAGGGAGUUGCAAGGUAAUAAAGGAAAGGCAAGGGUGCAAAGAGGGGGGUUGCAAGCUUGCGAGGGAAAACAACAGGUUUCAAGGGUGCAGAAAGUAGUUUGCAGGACUGCAAGGAGAGCUUUGCAAGAUUGCCGGGAUAAAAAAUGGCAUUUUAAAAAAGGGCUGCAAAAUGGCAAGCAAGAAGAAGUUUUACGCAGGCCCUAACUUUGCAGGACCACCCGGAUGAGUGUUGGGUUUUGUAUGUGAGGUGCCUUGGAGGGGCACGCGUCAGGCUGCGCCCCGAGCCCGGGGCUGGCGGGGGAUCCUGCCGGGAGAGGAUGCACUGACCCCAUGCCGAGAUGCGUGCAUGGUCUCCACUUGCCCCGGACCGGUCAAGCCUCACCACCAGCAGCCCCGAGGUGGGGUGAGGGCCUGGUCUCCAUUGCCACUGCUGGAAACGGGCAGACAUGUGCAGCCUUUGGGGCAAUGACUCCAGUAACCGCUGCAGUGAUCAGGUUAAAGAUCGCUCUUACAUGAGGUUGACAGAAAAGGAAGAUGAAACGUUGCCGAUAGAUAUAGUUCUUCAAACUCUGUUAGCCUUUGCAGUUACCUGCUAUGGGAUAGUACAUAUCGCAGGAGAAUUUAAAGACAUGGAUGCCACUUCAGAACUAAAAAAUAAGACCUUUGACACAUUAAGGAACCAUCCAUCUUUUUAUGUAUUUAAUCAUCGUGGUAGAGUAUUGUUCCAGUCCCCAGACACAGUGAAUUCUUCUUCAAACCAAGAUGCUUUGUCAUCCAGCUCGUCACUGAAAUUUCGAAAACUUGAACCUCUGCGCCGUUAAGACUUUUACAGAUUAUAAUAAUAAUCCAGGACACUGAGAUGUAAUAUUCAAGCUGGGGAUGUAAACACUUUUUUUAAUUUCUGGAGCAGUAUUUAUAUUGAUCUUCCAGACUUUAUAAAAUAUAUAUAUAUAUAUAUAAAACUAAGGACCUUCUUUGUACACUGUUAACAAAAAUGACUGAAUUGUGAAUUGGCAAUGCAAUGUAAAUUAUUCUACAAUUAUGCUGUGAAACACAUCUUCAAAUUUUCAUAUAUUAAAAAAGUUGCAGCUGACUUCAGUUAAAACAAAAAGCAAGCUAGUUUUUACUGCAUUUAAUAUUCUUUGACAAGAAGGAAUGUUUGAGUGCUAUUUAUUUUCUCAGUUUGCUUGCACUACAGUUUAUGGAACUCCUUCAGAAAUACUGUGUGCACUGCAUCCUUUAACAGCAGAAAAAGGGCAGCAUCUCCUGUUCCUAGAAUGCCUAGGAGACCUGCAUGGUAUAGGCAUGGGAAGUCAGAAGGGUUGCUUUCACUUUUAUUUUUUUACAGUGCUGAGAAAUAGUUGUGUGAAGUUUUUUUCUUUUUUGUUUUCCCCCCCAUUUUCUUUACCAUGUUACUUCCUUGUUUCCCUCCUUUGUUUAAAUGUAAACUGUCCUGUUUUGCCCCAAGUUGCCUGGGAUGUGGCUGUACAUUUGGUGCCUCUGUGGGGGAAGGCAGCUCACUUCUGAUCACAUAAAUAAUCGACAAUGCUCAGCUUGUUUACCCACUGUACUUAUGUUCUCUUUGGUUGUGUAUAUGGGAAUGUUCAUCAGAUGGCUGAAUGGUGUUUUAGUACCUCAAAAUGGCACCAGAUACUAGUUCCUGAGUCAUCUUCUAUGAGAAGCGUUUAAGUAUCAAUAAGAAAUACCCAUUCUGUAUGUUCCAGUGGUAGGUCCAGCAGCUGUAGCUGUUCACUGGCAUUAGCACAGUACAGGUAAUCAACUGGUCAUGGUACAACUACCCCUUUUUCUGCCAACAGAGCCUAUAAAAUUGAUUUCUUUUUCCAGCUGAGCCCUUAGUUGAUUUAAGAUGACUGUCUUGAUUAUAUGUACUAGGACAGAUGUUAUGGUCCUUAACUUUUACUGACUUCUAAAUUCUGAUCUCCCCUUAGGUGGAGAGAGGGUGAAACAAUGCUUUUUUUUUUUUUUUGUCAGUCUGGCAUUUCAGUCCAGCAGUGGAAUACUCUUCUCCCACUUACCUGACAUAGCCAAGAGAUGGUAGUUUGAGAUACCAGUGGGGCCAAGUAGAAGUUUGCAUAGUCUGAGGAUGUUGCUCUGGCUCUGUGCAAAGUCAGCCUUUUGUCCUAGCAUCUGUUUUUUUAAAUUGUUUAGAACUUUCAAAGGCGAAAAGCUUAGCAAAGAUACUGUGUAAACUGAAGCCCUUUUUCUAGCUCUGCCCAUCCUAUGGAGUGGGUCCCCCAGUGCUAGGGCAAUAUCCAUAGCUGCUGCUCUACAAUCACUCUUAAGCAUCUGGGUUUGGUUAGAAAAGGUUACUCUGCCAGCUGAAAGCGUUAAAGCUGCUGGAUUACUUCCUAGUGUUCUGGCUCCCCUGUAGCUGGUGUCACAAAUCAGCUCUCAUAUGAUAGCUGCUGUCACCAAAAGCCUCUAAAAUAGUAAGCGUCAGGGCAGCGCUGUUGCAGGCAGAGCUCUUUCCUUGGGGAAGAGGGCUGCCGUGGUGGCAGGCACAGCGUGGAGGAAAUGGCUGAACGCGGGCCAGGUGACCUUGCUGGUCGCAGAGGAAAAGCAGCAGACAGAAUUUGCAGAGGGAGAGAGAAGCAAGGCAGAAAGUCAGUAACCACUGUACCAGACUGAUACUGCAACUGUGGCUGGCAGGGAGCCACAUGUAGAGGGCCUCUUAGAGCAGGGCUGCUCACCUGUAAUGUCUAAGAAGCCCCAUCUGCGCUACUGUAAGGCUGCGUGGACCUGCCCGAGGCAAAAGGUGCUGCUCCGUUGGAGAAAACCUGUGUCUUAGACCGAGUCAUGCCAGGAGGACCCUGUUGGCUGUGCCAGGUCGCUUUCCUUGCGACAAGCAGCCUUACUCUUCAGCAGCAAUGGUUAUAUCACAUAACAAAGCUGUACAAAUUAUUUUUUCUUAUUGAUCUUGCAAUGUCCAAUAAAAAUUGAUAUCCUUAAAGCA